GUUACACUACACCGAUGAAGAAAAGGACAUGUCGUUGUAUCGAUACAUAAUGGCUGGGAAGAAGUAUCAUGAGUUCAUGGUUGGGAAUGUUCCCGGCAUAAGCCGAGCUACCCUUCUAAGGCACAUGGACAAACAUACAACGGACAUUAAAGAUGGGGUGAUCGACGCGGCGGGUCUGAAGCGUUACCUGACCGAGAACGGCUAUCCGCUGACGGUGAUGCUUGCGGAGGAUGGGACGAGGGUUACCCCGCGUGCCCAGUACGACGAGCGAACAAACACUUUGACUGGACUAGUAGCUCCGCUUGACCACACGGGACUUCCCAAACGAAACUACUUUGACGCCAGCAAUGCGCAGGAUAUGGCUGACAAGUUGAAAAAUUGCCGACUGGCAAGCACUGCAUACGUUCAACUAGCAGUACCUCUAGAUCCAAAUGCGGCCCCGUACGUGCUGUUCUACAUGGGUACGGACAACAGCUUUACGUAUGCAGAUGUACUCAAGCGUUGGCUUCACACCAUCGACUUGCUGAAGAAGCAUGGCAUCACCGUUUUUGGUAUAGCUUCAGAUGGGGACCCAACUCUCCUGAAGGCAAUGCUCAGCAUCAUGCAAUUGGCAGAUGUACCGUGUGAUGAGCUAGGUGUUAGAUUUCUUUGGAAACUUGUUCAGCGCACCUAUCUGUACCAAGAUAUAACGCACACAGUGAACAAACUAGCGCGCAAGUUGUUCAAUCGCAAACGAGCGUUAAUGAUUGGUACAUCGGUGGCUAGCGUUACCCACCUCGAUGCCCUGUUGGAUAAGGUUUCGAAGGACAAACACGGUCUCACGUACGGUGAUCUUCACCCGACCGACCUCAUGAGCUUUCGACCUACGGAAAAAGUAAUGGAGGAAGCCGUUAUCAACCUGUUGGAGGAACAUGUGCCUGGUAGCGAGGGCACGGUAGUGCUGCUCCGCUACAUGAGCGCUAUAUACCGAGCAUAUACUGAUGUAUCGUUGGCGCCGAUUGAAGCCAUCUCAAUGCUCUGGGAGGCGUUGUUUUUCAUGCGGGCGUGGAGGAACUGGACAUUGAAGAAUAGAACAAGCAGCUUCCAAUGUGUGACAGCAAACACGUACGCUUGUCUUGAGAUAAAUGCUCACAGCCUUGUGCUGGCAGCAAGAGACUGCCGCGAUCGUGGCCGACCCGAGGAAUUCUUAGUGAGGUGUUUCGGCAGUCAGGACGUCGAGGCGACAUUCCGGAAUCUUCGAUCGAUGACGACAAUGAACCAUACCCAGACGAACCUCACUUUCAAGGAAAUCGGCGAAAAGCUGCGGCGAGCUCACAUGCUGCAUCAAAUUCAGCACCGUAACCGUAUUAAGUUUCGAUUCCCUGGUCACACGGGUCCGACCAACGUGUUCGUGCUACCGACACUGCCGACGGAUGCUGAAAUAAAAGCCGCACUAACCAGUGCUGAGGGGAGGGCAUCUGAGGUCUUGGGCAAGCUUGGCCUCUUGCAGGCUGAACAAUCUUUCGAGUUUAGUGUACAUGCCCUCGGGGACCGGAACUGGGAAGACUUGAUCGUUUCCGAUAGUGAGUCUGACACGGAGGACCAUGAAGACCAUGAACCCGGUCAGGAGGUGUAUGAAGCUAAGCAUCUGUUUUCAAACUUUUCGGGCCAGAUCGCGCUGCCUAACAGCACGUCCGAUAAGCACAUCUACCUGAUACGAGAUGACCACGGGAAGGUGUUUCACGUUAAGAAGAGUAGUGUAGUGUGGAUGCUUACUGCGUCUAAGGUUCAGGAAAAAGCUCGUAUGAUACGUUACAAACAGCCCAUGCCUAACUAGGGCAAGCUAGGUUGAUUAGGUUCAUAAGUAAUACAUAUUAUAUCAUCUCCGUACUCUUGGAGUGUUCUUUACUAUCCAUGAUGACACUCUGACUAUGCAACCACUAAGGUGGUUGAAUAGCCAGGGGGAGUGUUAUAACCGGGUGUUUGUAGUUGCCUAUUUACUGGUCUCUACAAACAUCCGGUUUAUACUCUUUAUACAAUGUUGCCCCUAAAUGUAUGCAACCCAUGAAAUGCACAAAAGUUUCAAAAUUCGUCUAAGUCCCGGAAAUGGGAAAGUUUUCAUUCCUGUGAUGGCACCACUGAGCUGAAGUGAGAUGAGUACCCACAGUUGUCUGGGUUGGGUUAGUUUGAGGCGAAGUUCGCCUACUUGGAGGUGAAACUUGCCUAUAAGGAGGUAUAGUUUGCCUAUACGGAGGCAAGGUCUGCCUAUAUGGUAAAGUGGAGGCCAAAUAGGAUUACUUGGAGGCGAGUUGACUGGUGUACACGGACUGGUGUACGCCGAUGAGCUUAGGUACCGGUAUCCACGCUGAGACAAGGUUUACUUAAGUGGAGGCCAAAUAGGAUUACUUGGAGGCGAGUUUCGCCUACAUGGGAAAAAAGUUCACCUAAAUUGGCAAAAUUUGCCUAAGUCUGGCAUAUGAAAAAGGUUGACAUGGUAGGCAACCUCGGGUGCGCAUCCGUACACUUCGAAGGAAUGUACCGUCCUAGGACUGGGAACAUCGUGUGCGCAAACCCGCGUACACCCC